AAGAGAGAGAGAGAACAUUUCGAGUUUGUUGCUUAUUUUAUCUCUUCGAUUUUGUUUUUUGGUUAAAAAAAUCCUUCUGAUUUGAUUGAUCCACAGAUCUAAAGUUUUCCUUCAUUUCCAGAUCUUUCUUCCUCUCAAUCUGCUGUAAAGGGGUUUAUAUACAGUCAAAUAUCAGGGCACACAUAAGCUUCUGAUUUCAUGUAUGCUAAAGUUACCUCAAGUGGCCAUUACAUGAUACUUUGGAGGGUGUUUUGGAUGAGAUGAGGUAUGUUAUCAGGGCUGAUGGACUUUCUGACGGCCUGUUUUCGGCCGAGGGCGGAUCGGAGUGUUCACACUGGUUCGGAUUCUAGUGGCCGUAAAGAUGGGCUUCUGUGGUAUAAAGACGCAGGGCAGCAUUCCAAUGGAGAUUUCUCCAUGGCUGUAGUUCAAGCAAAUAAUUUACUAGAGGAUCAGAGCCAGCUCGAGUCUGGUUCUUUGAGUACUAGUGACUCUGGUCCGUACGGCACUUUUGUUGGGGUUUAUGAUGGGCAUGGUGGUCCCGAGACCUCUCGUUUCAUCAAUGAUCAGCUCUUUCAACAUCUAAAGAGGUUCACAGCAGAGCAUCAAUCUAUGUCAGUGGAGGUCAUUCGAAAGGCAUUUCAAGCAACUGAAGAUGGGUUUCUCUCAGUUGUGAGCAGACAAUGGCCCAUGAAACCACAGAUUGCAGCCGUUGGAUCUUGCUGCCUUGUUGGAAUAAUCUGCGGUGGGAUUCUUUAUAUCGCUAAUCUCGGAGAUUCUCGUGCUGUCCUAGGGAGGCUUGUCAAGGCCACAGGAGAAGUGCUUGCUAUUCAACUCUCGGCAGAGCAUAAUGCUUGCUUCGAGUCUGUGAGACAGGAGCUGCAUUCUAUGCACCCCGAUGAUCCGCAUAUUGUGGUUUUGAAGCAUAACGUUUGGCGAGUAAAGGGUCUCAUACAGGUCGGUUUUUAUCCAUUUUCUGGUAGCCUUUUCAUUAUUAGAUCAAGAUUCACCCUCUUUGAGAGAGAAUUAGUGGAAAUAUACUUAACCAGAAGGGUAUUCCAGUACUUUUCCUAUAUGACUUCCCAAUUCUUGAGUUUGAUUCUCCUAUUUCAUCACUAUUUGCCACAGGGUAGCGCUAGGAGAUUAGUGAAGACGGCAUUACAAGAAGCUGCAAAGAAAAGGGAGAUGAGAUAUUCGGAUUUGAAGAAAAUCGACAGAGGGGUACGUCGUCAUUUCCACGACGACAUCACAGUGGUAGUGGUAUUUCUGGACUCGCAUCUUGUGAGCAGGGCUAGUUCGGUCAGAGGGGGUCCCAACAUAUCUGUGAAAGGCGGUGGCAUCACUUUACCCACCAAUACUCUUGCACCAUGCACCACUCCAACAUAG